CUGCAGUCUGUAAUCAUCGCUAUACAGAAACAGGCACUCAUACAGCGAAUGGAGGGCUUAAAGACGGAAUAGUAAAUCAGUUGCUGGUGGUUACCUCACGAGAAACAGGCCAUUCACACUGAAAGGACAUGCACACUGUCGUUUUUGCUUGGUGACGUAGCCGCGUCGAUGUUUCCGAGGAGAGGUGGCAGUGGUUCCCAGGGGUCGGACAGGUUUGAGUAUCUGCAGGCCCUCGUCACGGAGUUCCAGGACACUGACUGCCAAGAGGCGAAGGAGCAGGUGCUGGCGAAUCUGGCGAACUUCUCGUACGACCCGGCCAACUAUGAGCACCUGCGACGGCUGCAGGUCCCAGACCUCUUCCUUGACAUGCUGACUGAGGACCAGGAGAGCCUGGUGGAGUACGGCAUGGGGGGACUGUGCAACCUGUGCCUGGACAAAGUGAACAAGGCCUACAUCCUCCAGAACCGAGGGGUAGAGUUGGUGACUGGCUGCCUGUCGAGCCCUCGUGAGGAGACAGUCCUGUCUGCCAUCACUGCACUCAUGUACCUGGUCACACCCGCUGCCCGCUCCCAGAUCACAGCACCCCCGGUGGUGGAGUGUAUGCUGCGCUUCUCCCUCUCCGAAAACAAGCGUCUCAGCAACCUGGCUGAAGUCUUCCUGCAGGAUUACUGCAGCCCUGAGCAGCUGGAGAGAGCCCGGAGCCUGCAGGAGCACAGUGCACUGGGGAUCCCUCUGCCCAGUGACUAGAGCAGAGAGACAGAGACACGGGGACCCCAGUUCUGCAAGCUUAGAGGACUGGUUAGUAAAGGGGUUGUGUCGGGUAACAAACAAAAUCUGCCUUGGAGUGUAAGACUUUACUGCCAGUCUCCCCAUUGCAGUGCAGACUUUACUGCCAGUCUCCUGAUUGCAGUGGAAGGAUCAGAGACACAUUUUCCUGCUUGCAGCAGUAUAACCAGGAUGUUGAGUAAAGGUCUAUAGUUGGUUUGUGUACUCAAGGUAUUGUUUUCAUGAGCCAUGUUACCUGACUGUACAAACUGGCCUUUGUAAGUACGAUAAUCUUACCUGUCAUGUCAAUUUAAAUGAUCAAUAAAAUGUUCUGUUUUUUGCG